AUGUCAUUUGAGGGAUUCACUCGAUUUUUAUGCGAUCCGGUGAAUUUUGCGUUUGUGCCCGAAACAAUUGAGCCAGAUGAGGAUGAGCUCAAAUAUCCGCUCUCACAUUAUUAUAUCAAUUCAAGUCACAAUACAUAUCUAACUGGACAUCAAUUGAAAGGACCAAGUAGUUCGGAAAUGUAUAGACAGGUGAGGUUUUUUUCAAAUAGAAAACAAGGUUUACGCAUUUUCAGAAAAAGGAAAAAGGAAAAAAGUAAAAAAUAAAUAAAAAAGAAUGGGGCGAACGAAUAAAUGAGAUUUAUCCAAACCAAAAAAAAAAAGAAUGUAUCGAAUUUCUCAGAGUGUGUUCUGAAAAAAAUGAAAUUGGAGAAAUUUGGAAACUUCUCCCUUUUUUGUUGGAAGAAAAACGUUUGAAGAAAAAAAUCUCGAAAAGAAUAAAAUCAAGAAAAAACCAAUUUUCGUCACAUUUCAAAUUCAUUGUUGGUUCAGGUUAGCUUAGUCUAAAUGUUAUUUCAUGAAGACCAAAAAAAAUAUAUUGGAAUAUUCAAAUGGUAAUGAAAUAUACUUUUACUGUGAACAGUAAACGUUAUUUUGAACAUCAGCAGCCAAAAUGUAGAUUUCCAAUUCCAGAAGACUGACAGUUUUAACUAAUUAUCAUUAUUUUAAAAACUAACAAUUGAAAAAAAGACUUUGAUAGAGUAGUAUUGCUCAUUUUCUGAAUUUAAACAAUGUUUUCCAGUUUAAGAAAACUCCCAUUUCAGUCCUAGACAAUUUUGAAAAUUUUCUCUCGCCAUAAAUAAAAAGGAAAACUAAUUUUUUACCCUUUCCAACUCAUUUUUUAUUUUGCCCCAAUUCAAUUUCUAGAAAUAAAAAAUGAAUUUUUAAAGGUUCUUCUAACCGGAUGUCGAUGUGUUGAACUGGAUUGUUGGGACGGAGAUGAUGGUCUACCGCUGAUUUAUCAUGGGCAUACACUUGUCAGCAAGAUUGGAUUCAGACAGGUGCACAAUUUUUUCUUUUAUGAAAUAUAUAACAAAUAUAAUAUAGGAAAGGUUCAGAGAAUAUUUAGAAAAAAAGAAAUUAGCCACAUUUACCUCUUUUGAAAAACACAGAAAAUGCUGAAAAAUUAGUUAUUCAAAACUAUUUCCCAAAAAAUAAAGAGAAGAAGAAUAAAUUUACAUAAGACAAUGAAUUCAUGACUUUUUCGUUGAUUUAUGAUUAUGAGAACUUUGUCGCUCGGAAAACAAAUAGUUUUUUAUGUUGAUUUUUUGGUGUGAACUUUUGGAAAACCGAAAAUUGAACUAUAAUAUUUUGAGAACAAAACAUUAGUUUUGAGCAAAAAUGUGUUUUUUCAAACGAAAGCGUCAUUUUCGAACUUUUGAAAAAUUCUGUUGGCAUGUUUUUCAAAACGUCAUUUUUAAAAAAGUUCAAAUUUUAUAAUCUCCUUGAAAAUGCUUAUUGGUGAAAAAUAUAAACUUUUUACGAAAUUAUUUCCUCGAAAAUUCCAAAUUUUUCCACUUCAAAAAAACUUUUUUUCUCAAAAACGUCAUUUGGAUUUUUCGGUUCAUUGCCAUUUCUUUCCAUUUUUAGAUUUUUAUCACAAAAAAACUCUGAACAAAAACUUUAACAUAAUUUUGGUUUUUUGAAAGUGCAAAUCCGGUCUGCCCAAUCAGCGAAAAUGUUUUUUUCAGAAACCAAAGUUCCAAAUGUUUCUUUACUAAAAAAUAAAGGGAACAUUCUAAAAAAAACUACAAUUGCGUACUUUCAAGUCAACAAAAUUGCAGGUUGUCGAGAUAAUCAAAAAGUCCGCCUUCCUCACUUCGGAUUUGCCAGUAAUUUUAUCGAUUGAAAAUCAUUGUUCACUUCAACAACAAGCAAAAAUGGCCCAAAUGUUCAAGACUGUUCUAGGGGAUUUGCUAGUUGGUAAUUUCUUGUUUGAAGCCGAUUUUUCGGAUUCACCAAGACUUCCAUCGCCUCUUCAACUUCGCAAUAAGAUUUUGAUCAAGAAUAAGAAAAUGAUUGUUGAUCCGCCUCAACCGUUGCCAGUUUUGGAACGUGGAACUGUUCAAAGGGGUGAAACUCAAAUUACACUUCAUCGAAAACAAAGCAAAAAUUCAUAUGAGAGCAGGUAAACAUACUUGAAUCAUUUUUUUAGCUAUCACUUUUAGAUAUUGAUAAACACCUCUAAUUAUUUACUACCUAGCCUCAAAAUGUUAUCAAUUUUUAAAGUGAUAAAAAAAAUUUAUUUCCGAUCACUCCAUCUAACCUUAUCUUUUCAGCAAUUCAAAUUCAAUCUUCAGAUCUAGGUACUUCACACUUUAUGUUAUACCCUUUCACAUUUUAUUUUCAAGUUUUAUCUUUCAUUUUUUUUCAUUUCAAAUUUUCAAAAACCUCAAGCACGCUAGAAUGUCAUAUCAUUAGUUUUCUGCCUGAAACAUCAAAUUAUCAUUUUCAGUACUGUUGAUGAAGUUGAAGAUGAUGAUUUGGAUGAGUUUUUGGACGACGAGGAAAAUGAAGAUGAUGAAAAUGAAGAAAUCAACAGAACUGAGAAAGAUGACAGUCCAAAAGCUUCUAAAAGAACUGGAAAAGCAGGAACAGGAAAUAUCAAGCAACAAGAUUCAUUGUGUAGUGAUCAUUCAGGAGAUCAAAAUAAACCAUCAACAAGUAAACAAUUGAAUGAGACAAAAAUUGAUGAUGAAGCAUUGUAUGCUCAACUUGCACAAAAUGCUAUGAGAAAUCAACAACCAAGAAAAAAUAACACUGGAAUUCAGAUUGCUCCCGAAUUAUCCGAUAUUGUUAUUUAUAUGCAAGCAACUAAAUUCAAAGGUUUCCCACCAGUUGAUGGUAUUCAAAGUCCAAGAAUGACUGAUGAUCAACCUAACUCUGCAAGUCUAUCUUUCUCAUCAAGAGCUAGAACACCAUCAAAUCUUCUGAAUACACCAACACCUCCAAGGCGACAAAGAAGCAGCACUGCAUUGAGCCAAGAGCUCACAGCGGAUUAUAUGGCUAGCUCGCGACCAAAUGCUACAGCAACAUGCUAUCAAGUUACUUCACUGAAUGAAAAUGCGGCAAAGAAAUUAAUGAAGAGACAUCCAGCAAAAUGCAUUUCUUAUACAAGAGAUCACGUAAGUCAAAGACCACCUACAAAAAUGUAGAAAUAGAAGUUAUUUUUAACAAAUUGCCCACAUUCCUACAUUUUUGAAUGUUUACUCACCUCAAAAUUUUGAAAAACAUUUUUCGAAAUAAGAAACUUUGGCCUAAUCUCUAGAAUGUUCCUAGAGACCUACUUUCUAUGAAAAUUUUACAGCUAAUCCGAACCUAUCCAAGUGCUAAACAUUAUGACUCAUCAAAUUUCAAUCCAAUCAACUGUUGGGCUCACGGAAUGCAAAUGGUGGCUCUUAAUUUCCAAACACCUGACGUCAUUAUGGCUGUAAAUCAGGCAAUGUUUGAACAAUCCGGAAAUUGCGGUUUCCAAUUAAAACCAAGAUGUCUUUGGGACGAGUCACAUUUGCUAUACAACAAGUUUUUGCCAUUGUCCAAAGAUAUUGCGGGACAUUCGGCACUGUUGCUGAAUUUGACGGUGGGCACAGAAUAAUAUUUUUUUUUGUAUUUUUUAGUAGAGAAGAAGAGUGAAAGAUGGAGAAAUUAAGGAUCGGCACUCGAAAAUUAAUAUCUAACCACUUGAAAAUGUAUUUUGGUCCGGAAAGAAACUUAAUUAAAAAGUUUGGAACUUUCUGGACUCUGAUUUUUGAAUUAAAGGGAAGAUGAGACAGAAAACUUUUUGAGAACUACCGUAGUUAAUAAUAGUUUGCGUGACAUGAGUUGAAAAACAAUUUUUCUCAUUAUUUUUUUUUCAAAUUACAGUAGUUAAUAAUGGGAAAUUGCGUGACUUAAACUGGAAAACAUUUUUAUUUCUACAAAAUCAAAAUCAUAUUUACACAAAGUUACCGUAGUCCUAAUUAGCAAAUUUUUCGAAAAACAUUUUUUUUCCAAUUUAAAAAAUCAUACAAAAUUGUUGGCGAUUGCGUGUGGAAAGUCAAAACACAAAUAAAAAAUUAAUUUUUCCGAGAAAAUAGUGCAUAAUAUCUAAGGACACUGGGGCUAGUCAAAAAAAAGUCAAAUGACGUCAAGUGUGAACAUCUUAGUUAAUCAAAAAUUUAUUACAUUCAUAAAUGUUCUAUUCAUCAUUUUUUAAAGAUAAUUUCUGGUCAACAUGUUUAUCCAAACACCCACUAUGCAUCACUGUAUAUUGAAGUCGAAGUUAUCGGAAUUCCCAAUGAUUGUGUUCGUGAAAAAUCCAAAGUUGUUCAACGCAAUUCAGUUAAUCCUAUCUGGAAUCAUACCACACAAUUGCGUAUUGCUUGUGUUGAUUUGGCAUUCUUGCGAAUUGCAGUUUGCGAUAGCGGUCAAAAUGGAAAAGUUGUUGCACAUCGUGUAGUUCCGGUUCAAUGUAUUCGCCCCGGUUUUCGACAUCUUCCUCUCAGAACACCUACAAAUCUUCCAAUUGAUAAUGCGAUGAUAUUUUUGCGAACAAGAUUUGAGCAAGAAGAGCAUAUUUAUCUACACGAUGAUGAUUCAAAUGCUUAUUGUAAUUUGGAACAUACACUUGCAUAUAGAACUGAUAUGGUAUAGAUUUUUCUUUUUGCAAAUAUUAUUCAUAUUUUUAUUUAACCUUAUUUUAUUUUAUUUUAUCCCAUUUAAUUAUCAUAUUUCGAACAAGUUUCAUAUUAAUUUAUUUGUAAAAAUUACUCGGUAACACCACGCGUCAUUUUUCAUACUGAAAUUACUUAUUUCAGACACCUGGAUUAUCACCAACACCAAUUUUGAAGAAACAAAUAUUUGUGCUUCGUAUUACUGGAGCAUUUGCGGAUGAGACUGCAAUCACAGUUCAUAGUGAAUCUGGCAGCACAGUAAAAACUGUGAUGCAACAAGCGUUGUUAAAUGCUGGAAAGAAUGCAGACCAAGUUGAAGAAUAUGUGUUGAUUGAGGAAGCGAUUCCAUCACAAUCUGGAGAAGAUCCGAUUGAUCAGAGGGUAGGGGGUUUUGAGGGUUUUGAGAAUUUUCAAAAUGUUUGAUAGUAGUACAACAGUUUUUCUAAUUCAAGACCAAAAAACUCUCACAACACACUUGAUUUUCAGGUUCUUCCUCUAAAUGAGCCAAUAAUGGAUGCGGUGGCCUGCUGGAAUGGCUCAAUGCGACGUUUUGUAUUGCGCAAAAAAGGCAGUGUGAGUUACGAAGAGAAGCGUCGCAAUCGUAAGACUAGCAAAUCGUCGCGUAAACUCAAUUGGGCGGCCACGUUUGACGCGUCGACAAUGCCAGCCAGCAAUGUCUAACCCAUACCAACCAAUUAUUUUUCCACCAACAACAAAACACCUCUUUUUUAUGUUUCAUUUUAAUUUAAUUUGUUUCCUUCCUACCUACCUAAUACACCUUGAUCAUCACACUAAUUCAUGUUUUAUACAACCGAAACCAACUCGAUUAAUUUGUUCUUGUGAUAUGCUUGCGUCCGUCCAUCCGUCAAGACGUGUCCCAGUCAGGUGAGAAUGACUGACUUCUCUUCUCAACUCUUCUUCCACUUCUCUUUGGGGCCGAUAAACAAUUUGGAAUGGCUAUUUGGAUUAUGUAGUGAAAAAAUUGCAUGCUGAAUGCUAACGCUUUGAUUUUUUUUGCAUUCCAAUAACGCUUUACCUCGGGUUUCCAAUAAAAUUACAAAAUUGAAUAUAUUUUAGGAUCCCUCAUCCCGCGCCUGGAUCACUUCAAUAAUCAAAUCUGGCACCACCAGCUCAACAUCAGUUGCACCAAGUCCAUUAACAAAUAUUAAAUCUGCAUCCAGUACUCAAUUACAUGGCAGAAGUCUUGACUCUGAAGCGAUUGGUGAACAUUUAGAAGUUACAGAAGGCAAGUGUAAGUAUCACCAAAAUUUUUUGAGUAAACUGAAGAUUAUUUUAGGGUUGAAUCCACGUGCCAGGUCAAUGGGUGAUACUUUCCUAGUUUGUGUACAUAAUGUUAGUGAGGAUCAACCUUAUGCUAUUUUGCGUGCUAGUAUUAAUAGCACCGCUUCUGAUAUUAUUCGACAGGUAAUAUUAUUUUUUAUAAAAUUGAUUUUCUAAUUUUCAUAGAAAUCAACAUCGACUUUGAAAUUUCCAUACAAAAUUAAAAUUUACAGGUAUUUGUAAAAGCUAGACGACCAAACAUUGAUGAGACCGAAUAUGUGCUUGUUGAAGAAACCAGUGAUGAUUCGAAAGCUCCGUCAACAGGACCAAGUAUGCUUCAAGCUUUAACAUUGGCUCGAAAAAGAAGCAAUGACCGUAUGCAUAUAUGUUGUUUUCUCAUCAUAUUUUUACACGUUGUCACAACUUCUAUUCGAUGCUAUUAUUCUUUUGGGCUGGGAUAUUUAUAUGUUCAAUUCUGUUUUUCUUUCAAUUUUCAUUUUUCAGUGUCAAACAAGUACAACUCAAACAAUAGAACAGUUAGCCGUGUCUUGAGCUCAAAUGAAAAUGUUUGGAAAGCACAAUCGAGAUGGAAAUCAAUGGGUCGAUUUGUUUUGGAGAAUCGUAAAGAUACAGUACACGCGACUCUUGAAAAAGUGAGAUCGUUUAUUUCAAAACUCGAAGCUGCUAAAGCGAGCAUGGAUGGCACCAUCACUUGAUUCUGCACCGUUUUUCCUGUAAAUCACUUUGCAUGUUCAAGAUUUUUUGAAGAUUUAACACUUUUUCCUUAACUUAACUUUAUGAGGGGUCCGUUUUGAAAUUGGUUGAAAAAUGGAUGAAUAAUGUUUUUUUUGGAGGGAAAAUGAAUACUUCAAAAUAAUAGAUUUUACAAUUUGGCUCCAAUUCUCGACAUUAUUUCCAUUGAAAAGUGUCCCAUCAGCCCUUUUCAAAGUAAUCCCUCAUUGACAGAAUUUCUGAAAAUCAAAAAAAAACCUGAAAAAUUUAGGAGUUCUUGGAAGUAGCAAAACAGUUAAGAGAAAGUGUUACAUCGACAAAAAAUCAAGAUUAUUAUAUGAUUCAUUAUGCAGGAUUACUAGAAGAUAUCUGAUUUUAUAUAUUUAUUAUUUUUUAGUUAUUAUGUUUAUUUGUGUUACGAGUUACUUCUUUUUUUUCUUCUACUUGCACAGUACCACUCUUUUUUGUCUCUUUUCAGUAUUGUUUUUGUACCCUAUUUAGAUUUUUGAUGUACUUACCCACGAAUUUAGGGUAGGCGUGUCACGGCAGAAAGCAGCAGCACAUGUUCAUCCAGCUCGCGAAAAAUAAGUUUGUCCAGCGUUCGUUCGAUCGGUCUACCACGUAGAAUUUCGAGAUUCGGCAAAUCUCUUACCAUGGAUGCUGGUCAUAAAUAA